AUGUUUUGGAAGUUUCUGGAUGAGUUUUGGGACACAGCUAAUCCAUUAACGCGCCAUUCGGAGGAUAUGACUGCGGAGGAGGCGAAAAAGCAGUCGAGUUUUGAGUCCUUCGACUACUACAAGCCGUACCCAUCCAUGUACAUGACACACCUUCGUGCGCAUUACGCUGGGCAUACGACGGCUGCUUCCGGGGGUGACAGGACGGGCAGCACAACUGCAACAACGACGAAUAAUAAUAAUAAUAAUGCGGGAGUGCCACCUAUAAACGAUGCGAUGACAGUGGAUGUUGGUGGUACGUUAGCGUCCAACAUUGAUGGGGUCAGGCUAAAGGUGAUGAACACGGUCAAGAAGUAUGAUGAUGACGAGCGCAAUGAAGCAUUGCGAUGGAUUUUACACGUUAUUAUUGCCAUUUCUGUUGGUGUAUUGGCAACAAUUAUUUCCUACACGGUUGAAUUCGUGGAUAAUUACCGUGCAGCUCAGCUUGACGAUCUUAUCAAGAAGCACCGUAUGGCUGGUCACUUUGUUGGCUAUCUUUUUUCUAUUGGUAUGUCCAUAGCUCUUGUCGUGGUGGCAGCAGCUGUUGUUGUGUUUGUUGAACCGGCUGCGGCGGGAGGUGGCAUACCGGAUGUUAUCGCCUACCUGAAUGGUGUGCACGUGCCUAAGGCAAUGAAACUUCGGACUUUUUUGGCGAAGAGCAUAUCUUGUAUUUGUGCGGUGGCUGGCGGAUUGCCCGUGGGGCUUGAGGCACCAUUGAUUCAUCUUGGUGCCAUUGCGGGGGCGGGGGUGACGCAGGGCCGUAGUCGUACGCUGGGGUGCCAGACAAAACUUUUCCAGGCGUUUCGAAACAACAAGGACAGACGAGAUUUUAUCACUGCAGGAGCUGCGUGCGGCGUUAGCGCUGCGUUUGGGGCGCCUAUUGGUGGUUUACUCUUUGUGAUGGAGGAGGUCUCAAGUUUCUGGGACCACAGCGCAAGUGGACAAAUUUUUCUUGCCACAAUGAUUUGCUUUACGACGAUCAGUAUAAUUCGUUCCAUGCUGGAGGAUCAGCAACUGCUGGGGUGGGUGUCAAAUGCGGUUUCUGUUCUUUUCGAGGUGAAUUUGACGAUUCCGCUUAACCUAUUCUCGAUAGUGCCGUCCUUUUUUCUUGGCAUCCUUUGCGGGGCGUUUGCAGCUGUCUUCACCAAGAUGAACCUCAUGCUUGUAAAGUGUCGCCGCCGGUAUCUACGCCCUUUCGUCUUCCGCCGCUUUGUUGAACCCCUCAUUAUUGUCCUGCUGUACGGCUCGUUCUCGUACAUGCUGGCCCUUGUACCAGACUGCCGCCCGACACACGAAAUGAGUAGCGCAAACGGGACCUUUGUCUGGGGCACGGAAAAUCGUACGCAACUGUUUACUGCGACGUGUGCAGGGGAGGACGCGUACGCACCACUCGCAACUCUCACGAUGGGCACCGGAAAAGACACCAUUCGACACCUCCUUUCACGACAAACAAUUGGAGAAUUUCCAGCAGUGUAUAUUCUUAUUUUUCUUACACUAUACACAUUCUUUGCAUGUUGGUCAAGUGGGACGGCUGUGUCUGGUGGGUUGGUGGUGCCAAGCCUUGUUAUUGGCGCCGCCUUUGGGAGGUUGUACGGGCAGAUCUUAUGGUUUCUGGCGGUACGUGGAGCGGGUGCUGAUCGCAGUUAUAAGGUGUCGCAGGCCUGGUUGGAUCCUGGCGUUUUUGCGCUGAUUGGUGCAGGCGCCUUCUUCUCUGGCACUUCCCGUAUGACGAUGUCUAUUUGUGUUAUUAUGGUGGAGCUAUCCUCUGAGUUGCACUACUUGCUUCCUGUCAUGGUCGCCAUAAUCAUGUCUAAAACAGUGGCGGACUUUAUUAGUGAGCCACUUUACCACCACAUGCUGCGACUAGACUCUGUACCGUAUCUGCAGGCACACCUUUUACGUCCUGGGUUUGAGCAGCUGACGGCUGCAGACGUGAUGACCUCGAAGGUGGUGACGCUUCGACUGCGGGAAAAGACGUCUGUCGUAUUGGAUGCAUUGCGCCACACGACACAUCAUGCCUUUCCAGUGGUAGAGGCGGUGCAGGAGGAACGCUUCGAGAGUGGUGACUGCCGUGUCAACGGUAAACCACUUGGCAGAGAGGAAUUAGGGGAGGAGGAAGAAGAGAAGCGUGUGCGGUACAAGUUUGUUGGUCUUGUUACACGUGAGGAUGUACAUAUUUAUUUGGCACUGCCUGCGCUUUACAGUGCCCACCAGUCGAGCGAUCCUUCCGAUUUGCACGGUCAUGGUUCUGGUCUUGGGCUGGCGCCCAGUGUGCUUGCUAUCAACAAGAUGACGUGGACUGAGUGGUUGACCCACAAGACAUCCCUGUUUUUUGUUCUUGGAAGCAAAAGGUGGUUGGAAAUAUGGGCACGAAGCAACAACACGGCUGAAGGGGUCGAGAAGGUUGAGGUGGACGCCAGCGAGAGCAACAACUGUAACGGCAGUGACGACCCCCCCAAUCUAUUGUGUGUGGAUGAGGGACGCCUUCCGCCGGUCCUAGACUUUUCACUUAUUGUCAACCGCAGCCCGUGGGUGAUUCCGCCGUUCUUUAAUCUGCAGAUGGCCUACCACACCUUCCGUAUGAUGGGACUGCGACACAUGGUGGUUGUGGACGGUGACGCUGUCGUAGGUAUUAUCACGCGCAAAGACCUCCUUGUGGACACGCUCUUACGACGUCUGCGUGAGCUUCACGGAGAGAACAACAACGGCAGUAGCGCAAGAAACACGCCGCCGGCAUCAUUGUCGGUGCGUGAUGAGCAUGACGGAAUCAGUUUCUCACCGCGAUCGCGGACGGAGGCUUUUAUGCAGGUGGUCGCUCUCCCUUCCCUGCCGUCCUCUCAAGCAGGUGUUCCCAAUUUGCUUUUUUUGGAAUCCGCUAACACAGACGCUGACCCUCAUAAAUAG